AUGAUCACCGGAUCGCAAGUCAACCUUGUCCAUUGUAUAGCCAAGGACCUGGAGCUGACAAACGUCGAACUUGGAGAGAGUUCGAAAAAAACUCCUCGACGGAUUAUACAUUUCAGCGAUGGAAUCGUUGAAGAAUAUUCCUCAGACGAAGAGACCACAGAUAUGAAAACACCGCUCGUUCCCCGACCACCGAAAAACUUUGACCAACAUUCUUUCGCAAUAAUUCCUUAUCUAUGGUUCUACUUGACACUGGCUUUGAGCAAAUCUUAUAGACUUGCCGAGAAUGCUGGCGAGAAAAUCUGCUGGCUUCUCGUCUUAUGCAUAUCUAUCUAUCUAUCUAUCUAUCUAUCUAUCUAUCUAUCUAUCUAUCUAUCUCAAUAUAUAUGUUUGCAGGCCAACCUCUCUUCAUAUCUAUUUAUUUCCAUUCAUAAUUCUCACUCUCUGUCUGAAUCUCUCUCUUUCUGUCUCUGUUUGUCUGUCUGUCUGUCUGUCUGUCUCUCUCUCUCUCUCUCUCUCUCUCUCUCUUGA